AUGUCUGAGCCCGUGGUACUAGUGGACGCGGGGGUAAUCCCGAUAGACCUACUAGCCCAGGAGAGAAAAUUCGUCCACCAUGAAAGGUCCGCUUUGGGUAAGGAGGAGGCAUCAAUGCUCGCCAGAUCUACCAGCAUCGAAACCUGGCAAAGCAGAUGGGAGCAGGAAACUAGGGACAGAUGGGCUGCCCGACUCCUCAGUCGACUAGAGAAUUUGAUAAACCGGGAGGCGGGAGAGGUAGAUUUCUACCUCACCCAAUUCCUGAAAGAGCAUGGCCUAUUCCGCUCCUACCUCGCAAAGAUGAGGAAAGUAGCAGAUGAUAACUGCCCCUAUGGCGACACAACCGUCGAUGACGCCCACCACACAAUCUUCAUGCAAGUUGGAGCGCCGAACGAUUUGCCUUGUAGCAGGAGAUCGGAGACAUCUCGCCGGAAAACAUAG